ACGGGAUGAAAGUUUCCUAGGGCUUGGCCUCACGCAAGGUAUACGAGGCUCGGAGGGACACACCGCGGAGGGAUUCGGUUUGUUGUGGUGAGGGGAGGGGGAGACGCUGACAAACCAAGAUGGCGGCGGCGGCGGUGAAGGCCGCGGCUGCUGGGAGUUAACUGUAGUGGUGAAGGCUGCGGUAGUUGGGAGGCAGCGGCCGACUUUGGAAGGAACGGAGCAGGACGAAGAGGCGGUAGCAGUAGCGCUAGCCUGAGCCUCUCAGAGCGUGGCAGCUACACGCCCCCCAAGGCCCUCGGCGGGCGGCGGCCGCCCCGCUUAGGGCCUAGUCUCCGAGCAGUGCCUCGGCUUCAUACAGCGGCGUCCGCCAUGAGUCCUUAAGGGUGGUCCGAGCCCUCCAGUCCUAGGGCCCACCAUGGAGCCGGGGUCCGACGACUUCCUGCCGCCGCCGGAGUGCCCGGUGUUCGAGCCUAGCUGGGCCGAGUUCCGAGACCCUCUGGGCUACAUCGCGAAAAUCAGGCCCAUCGCCGAGAAGUCGGGCAUUUGCAAGAUCCGCCCACCCGCGGACUGGCAGCCACCCUUUGCUGUAGAAGUGGACAACUUCAGGUUUACUCCCCGAAUCCAGAGACUGAAUGAACUAGAGGCCCAGACAAGAGUGAAGCUGAACUACUUGGACCAGAUUGCCAAAUUCUGGGAAAUCCAGGGCUCCUCCUUAAAGAUUCCCAAUGUAGAACGGCGGAUCUUAGACCUCUACAGCCUCAGCAAAAUCGUGGUGGAGGAAGGUGGCUAUGAAGCCAUCUGCAAAGACCGUCGGUGGGCCCGGGUGGCCCAGCGCCUCAACUACCCACCAGGCAAAAACAUUGGCUCCCUGCUACGCUCCCACUAUGAACGCAUCGUUUACCCCUAUGAGAUGUACCAGUCUGGAGCCAACCUGGUGCAGUGCAACACACGUCCAUUUGAUAAUGAGGAAAAGGACAAGGAAUACAAACCGCACAGUAUCCCCCUUCGACAGUCUGUACAGCCUUCCAAGUUCAAUAGCUAUGGCCGGCGGGCCAAGAGGCUGCAGCCUGACCCGGAACCCACGGAGGAAGACAUUGAAAAGAAUCCGGAGCUGAAGAAGCUACAGAUCUAUGGGGCAGGCCCCAAGAUGAUGGGCCUGGGCCUCAUGGCCAAGGAUAAGACCCUGCGGAAGAAAGAUAAGGAAGGGCCUGAGUGUCCCCCCACCGUAGUGGUGAAGGAGGAGUCAGGCGGGGAUGUGAAGGUGGAGUCAACCUCACCUAAGACCUUCCUGGAGAGCAAGGAGGAGCUGAGUCACAGCCCAGAGCCCUGCACCAAGAUGACCAUGAGACUGCGGAGGAACCACAGCAAUGCCCAGUUUAUCGAGUCAUAUGUAUGCCGGAUGUGUUCCCGAGGGGAUGAGGAUGACAAGCUUCUGCUGUGUGAUGGCUGUGAUGACAACUACCACAUCUUCUGCCUGCUGCCUCCUCUGCCUGAGAUUCCCAAGGGUGUCUGGCGGUGCCCAAAGUGUGUCAUGGCGGAGUGUAAGCGCCCCCCUGAAGCCUUUGGCUUUGAGCAGGCUACCCGGGAAUACACUCUGCAGAGCUUUGGCGAGAUGGCUGACUCCUUUAAAGCCGAUUACUUCAACAUGCCCGUGCACAUGGUGCCUACAGAACUCGUGGAGAAAGAGUUCUGGCGGCUGGUGAACAGCAUUGAGGAAGAUGUGACUGUUGAGUAUGGGGCUGACAUCCAUUCCAAAGAAUUUGGCAGCGGUUUCCCUGUCAGUGACAGUAAGCGGCACCUAACCCCCGAGGAGGAGGAGUAUGCCACCAGUGGUUGGAACCUGAAUGUGAUGCCAGUGUUGGAGCAGUCCGUACUGUGCCACAUCAAUGCAGAUAUUUCCGGCAUGAAGGUGCCCUGGCUCUAUGUGGGCAUGGUCUUCUCAGCCUUUUGCUGGCAUAUUGAGGAUCACUGGAGUUACUCCAUUAACUACCUCCAUUGGGGUGAGCCGAAGACCUGGUAUGGGGUACCCUCUCUUGCGGCGGAACAUUUGGAAGAGGUGAUGAAGAAGCUGACACCUGAGCUCUUUGAUAGCCAGCCUGACCUCCUGCACCAACUUGUCACCCUCAUGAAUCCCAACACCCUCAUGUCCCAUGGUGUGCCGGUUGUCCGCACAAACCAGUGUGCAGGAGAAUUCGUCAUUACUUUCCCUCGUGCUUACCACAGUGGCUUCAACCAAGGCUACAACUUUGCAGAGGCUGUCAACUUUUGCACUGCUGAUUGGUUGCCGGCUGGGCGCCAGUGCAUUGAGCACUACCGCCGGCUCCGAAGAUACUGUGUCUUCUCCCAUGAGGAGCUCAUCUGUAAGAUGGCUGCCUGCCCAGAGAAGCUGGACCUGAACCUGGCAGCGGCUGUGCAUAAGGAGAUGUUCAUCAUGGUGCAGGAGGAACGGCGUCUACGAAAGGCCCUGCUUGAGAAGGGCAUCACAGAAGCUGAGCGAGAGGCUUUCGAGCUGCUCCCAGAUGAUGAGCGCCAGUGCAUCAAGUGCAAGACCACGUGCUUCCUAUCAGCCCUGGCCUGCUAUGACUGCCCAGAUGGCCUUGUCUGCCUUUCCCACAUCAAUGACCUCUGCAAGUGCUCCAGUAGCCGGCAGUACCUGCGGUAUCGAUACACCUUGGAUGAGCUCCCUGCCAUGCUGCAUAAGCUGAAGGUUCGGGCCGAGUCCUUUGACACCUGGGCCAACAAAGUUCGAGUGGCCCUGGAGGUGGAGGAUGGGCGGAAGCGCAGCCUUGAAGAGCUGAGGGCACUAGAGUCCGAGGCCCGUGAGCGGAGGUUUCCGAGCAGUGAGCUGCUGCAGCGACUGAAGAACUGCCUGAGCGAGGCGGAGGCUUGCGUGUCCCAGGCUCUGGGACUCGUCAGUGGCCAGGAGGCCGGCCCCCACAGGGUGGCUGGUCUACAGAUGACCCUGGCUGAGCUCCGGGCCUUUCUGGACCAGAUGAACAACCUGCCUUGUGCCAUGCACCAGAUUGGGGAUGUCAAGGGUAUUCUGGAACAGGUGGAGGUCUACCAGGCUGAGGCCCGUGAGGCCCUGGCCUCACUGCCCUCCAGUCCAGGGCUACUGCAGUCCCUGUUGGAGAGGGGGCAGCAGCUGGGGGUGGAGGUGCCUGAGGCCCAGCAGCUCCAGCGGCAGGUGGAGCAGGCGCGAUGGCUGGAUGAGGUGAAGCGCACACUGGCCCCCUCAGCCCGAAGGGGCACCCUGGCUGUCAUGCGGGGACUGUUGGUCGCGGGUGCUAGUGUAGCCCCUAGCCCUGCUGUCGAUAAGGCCCGGGCUGAGCUGCAGGAGCUGCUGACCAUUGCUGAACGCUGGGAGGAGAAAGCCCACCUCUGCCUGGAGGCCAGGCAGAAGCAUCCACCAGCCACACUCGAGGCCAUAAUCCAUGAGGCAGAAAACAUCCCUGUUCACCUGCCCAACAUCCAGGCUCUCAAAGAGGCUCUUGCUAAGGCCCGGGCCUGGAUUGCUGAUGUGGACGAGAUCCAGAAUGGUGACCACUACCCCUGCUUGGAUGACUUAGAGGGCCUGGUGGCUGUGGGCCGGGACCUACCUGUGGGGUUGGAGGAGCUGAGACAGCUAGAGCUGCAGGUACUGACAGCGCACUCCUGGAGGGAGAAGGCCUCCAAGACCUUCCUCAAGAAGAAUUCUUGCUACACACUGCUGGAGGUGCUCUGCCCGUGUGCAGACGCUGGCUCGGACAGCACCAAACGCAGCCGGUGGAUGGAGAAGGAGCUGGGGUUGUACAAAUCUGACACGGAGCUGCUGGGACUGUCUGCACAGGAUCUCAGGGACCCAGGCUCUGUGAUCGUGGCCUUCAAGGAGGGGGAACAGAAGGAGAAGGAGGGUAUCCUGCAGCUGCGUCGCACCAACUCCGCCAAGCCCAGUCCACUGGCAUCAUCAGCCACAGCUUCCUCUGCAACCUCUGUGUGUGUGUGUGGGCAGGUGCCGGCUGGGGUGGGAGCUCUGCAGUGUGACCUGUGUCAGGACUGGUUCCAUGGGCGAUGUGUGUCGGUACCCCGCCUCCUCAGCUCCCCGAGGCCCAGUCCCACCUCUUCCCCACUGCUGGCCUGGUGGGAGUGGGACACCAAAUUCUUGUGUCCGCUGUGCAUGCGCUCACGGCGCCCGCGCCUGGAAACCAUCCUGGCACUGCUGGUAGCCCUGCAGAGACUGCCUGUGCGGCUGCCCGAGGGCGAGGCUCUGCAGUGUCUCACAGAGAGGGCCAUCAGCUGGCAAGGCCGUGCCAGGCAGGCUUUGGCCUCUGAGGAUGUGACUGCUCUGUUGGGACGGCUGGCUGAGCUUCGCGAGCGGCUGCAGGCUGAACCCAAGUCUGAGGAACCCUCUACCUACCCUUCAGCCCCUGCCUCUGACCCUCUCAGAGAAGGCAGUGGCAAGGAUAUGCCCAAGGUCCCAGGCUUACUGGAGAACGGAGACAGUGUGACCAGUCCUGAGAAGGUAGCCCCGGGGGAGGGCUCAGGUAAGAGAGACCUGGAGCUGCUAUCCUCACUGUUGCCACAGUUGACUGGCCCCGCAUUAGAGCUGCCUGAGGCAACCCGGGCCCCUCUGGAGGAGCUCAUGUUAGAAGGGGACCUGCUUGAGGUGACCCUGGAUGAGAACCACAGCAUCUGGCAGCUACUGCGGGCUGGGCAGCCUCCAGACAUGGAGCGGAUCCGCACACUUCUGGAGCUGGAGAAGGCAGAGCGCCAUGGGAGCCGGGCACGGGGCCGGGCAUUGGAGAGGCGGCGACGGCGGAAGGUGGAUCGGGGUGGGGAGGGCGACGACCCAGCCCGAGAGGAGCUAGAGCCAAAGAGGGGGGAGAACAGUGCCUCCAUCACCUGUCAGCGGAGCAGCUGCAGUGCUGGCGGGAGCACUAGGGCUGAAGUCUGGGAGCUCUGGGUUCUGAAAACAAGUUCUACCGGGUUCUCCUUACCUGUGGGCAAGACGUCCUGAGUCUCCCCCUACCCCCUCCCCCAACCAGUUUUCCCCAUCUCCCAACAGAUGGGCCUGAACCCUCUCACCUAAACUGCCACAGCCCCUUCCAACUUUAUGCCCUCCAGUCUGUCCUCCUCAAGCCCCCCAGAGGCAUUUUUGGUUUUGGCUUUAUUGAGAUCUAAUUUAUACAUCGUAAAGUUUACCUGUUUUAAAUGUAAAAUUCAGUGAUUUAGAGCGCUGUUUCUAAAGUACAGAUCCGAUCAUGUCACUCUUGCUGCUUAAAACCAUCCAUGCUUUAUUGCCCUUAAGAUCAAGAUUAUAUUUAUGAUCUCAAUUCUUUCUGGAAUGCUUUCCUGUCUGACCCAUAUACCAUGUUCAGGGAUGCUUCCCUGACUUUUCUCUACCCUAAAGGGUUUCUUCUGCCCCCGUGAAUGGAGACUAAAGCUCAGAUGUGUGCUCAUUUGCAGCCCAAGUUCACUUUUACAGCUUUAUUGUGAUAUAAUUUAUACAUCAUACAGUUUACCCCCUUAAAGUAUACAAUUCAGUGGCUUUUAGUAUAUUCUAGUUGUGCAACUGUCACUGCAAAAUAUUUUAGAAUGUUUUUUCAUCAUUCCAAAAUGAAACCACACUCCUUAGGCAUCACNAUCACAC